UAUAUGCAACUUACUCAAAUGGAACAACAACAAACACUCUUCUUUUCCAAGAGGUUAUGGAUCUUUCUUCGAAAAACAGACUUUCCUAUAAUCUCUUUCCCAUUUCUGCCAUUGUCGUACUAGCAUUCAGCUUCUCUGCUCUUGAUCAUGCAACUGCGUCCAGAGCUGUAGGGUUACCAUUGAAGGUAGAAGAACAAACUGCAUUGGGUUUUAGAAAUAAUGAACCAAUUACUAUUAGAAGAUCAGACUUCUCUGAUGAUUUUUUAUUUGGAACUUCUACUUCUGCCCCGCAAAUCGAAGGAUCAACAAAGAGUGAAGGGAGAUGGCCAAGCAUUUGGGACUCCUAUGUGGAGAAAAACCAAGAUAAAGUAAUCGAUGGAAGUAACAUGGAGAUUGCAAUUGAUUCUUAUAAGCGAUACAAGGAAGAUUUGGAGCAUUUGAAGAACCUUGGAGUAGAUGCUUAUAGAUUUUCCAUAUCGUGGACCAGAAUUCUUCCUGAUGGAACAUUGAGUGGUGGAUUGAACCAAAAGGGAAUCGAUCAUUACAACAGUAUGAUUGAUAUUUUAGUCCAAAAUGGUAUCAAACCUUUGGUGACUCUAUUUCACUUCGACUCUCCUCAAAUAUUACAAGAUGAGUAUGACGGCUUUUUAAACCGUUCAAUCGUGGAUGAUUUUAGGGAUUAUAGUGAAGUUUGUUUUAGAAAAUUUGGAGAUAGAGUUAAAAAUUGGAUUACAAUCAACGAGCCACUAAUGGUUGCACAACUUGGGUACGAUUUGGGGAUUGGUCCUCCACUCAGGUGUUCAGAUCGAACAAAAUGCUCUGUCGGUAAUUCAUCGACGGAGCCUUAUAUUGUGACCCAUAAUCUUCUACUUGCUCAUGCUGCUGCUGCCAGGCUUUACAAGGACAAGUACCAGGCAAAACAAGGAGGUGAAAUUGGAAUUUCCCUUGUAGGACAAUAUUUUGAGCCUUAUGAUUCUGAAUCAUUGGAUGAUAAAGCUGCACAAGAAAGAGCCAUGGACUUUGAGUUGGGUUGGUACAUGGAACCAUUAGUGUAUGGUGAGUAUCCUAGUAUUAUGAGAGAAUUAGUAAAGGACAGGCUUCCUAGUUUCACAAAGCAAGAGAAGGAGCUAGUCAUGCAUUCUUUUGAUUUUAUUGGCAUAAAUUACUACACAUCAUAUUAUGUCAAGAGCACCACAAUAGAUCCACAUGCUACACCUAGCAGCUAUACUUUCGAUCAAUUCUUAACUAUAGGAGUAGAGAACAAAGGUGGAAUUACCUUAGGCCCAAAGGCGGAAGGAUAUGGUGUCACUUAUAUAUAUCCAGAAGGGCUUCAGAAAUCUCUAGAAUAUAUUAAACAAAAAUACCAGAACCCUAAAAUUUACAUUACUGAAAAUGGGAUGACCGAAAAACGGGACGACAACCGUGGAUUAGUAGAAUCACUAGAUGAUCAACGUCGAAUUGAGUAUAUUCAACAACAUUUGCAAAUAAUACAUAAUGCAAUCAAGAAUGGAGUGAACGUGAAAGGCUAUUUCUAUUGGAGUUUAUUUGAUUCUUUUGAAUGGUUAGGAGGGUACACAGUAAGAUUUGGGUUAUAUUAUAUAGAUUUCAAAGACAAUUUUAAACGCAUCCCUAAGCUUUCUGCAUUGUGGUAUCAUGAUUUCUUGCGAGGUGACACAAAGCAAUCCUAUUGAACAUUAUUGCAAUUCAUUUCUUUUAUUGUAUGGACAAUGCUUAAAGAUUAUAUGUGUAUAUAUAUUUCUAUUCGGUAAAAUUAAUUAUUUUUGCA